UUUCCACUGAUUUCCUCAAUAAGCGCCCUUGGCUUUUCUUUUAUGCUCUAACUCUCUCGACCUUAUAUUUCUCACUCUCUCUCCCUCUCUGUUUCUCUCUGCACCAUUCCUCUCAUUCAAACACACCUAUGUUGUUAUUUUUAUAAUUGCAACUCACAAACUAGCUUUGCAUUGUUAACACAAUGACCAUAGAGGGCAUAACAACCACAAAAUCAAUUCCUCAACCAGCAAAGAACCACAAAGAAGAUGAAGGACCAUUGGGUUUUGAUGCCUCACUUCUCAGGCACCAACUAGACCUCCCAAAGCAGUUCAUUUGGCCUGAUUCAGAGAAGCCAUGCAUGACUGUCCCUGAACUUGUUGUUCCACUAAUUGACUUGGGUGGCUUCCUCUCCGGCGACCCUAUCGCAACGAAAGAAGCCGCGAGGCUCGUAGGAGAGGCGUGCGGAAAACACGGUUUCUUUCUUGUUGCGAAUCAUGGGAUUGAAGCCGAGCUCAUCUCUCAUGCUCAUAGCUAUAUGAAUGAUUUCUUCGAGAUUCCCCUGUCUCAGAAACAUAGAGCACAGAGGAAAGCAGGGGAACACUGUGGUUAUGCUAGUAGCUUCACUGGCAGAUUUUCCUCCAAGCUUCCAUGGAAAGAAACACUUUCCUUCCAAUUCUCAGCUGAGGAAAACUCACCCCCUAUUGUCAAAGACUACCUUCAUAACACAUUGGGAGAAGAGUUUGAGCAUUUCGGGAAUGUUUAUCAAGAGUACUGUGAAGCCAUGAGCAAUCUUUCUUUGGGGAUAAUGGAGCUUCUUGGAUUGAGCCUUGGAGUUGAAAAAUCCUGUUUUAGAGAGUUCUUUGAAGAGAACAGGUCAAUAAUGAGGCUCAAUUACUACCCUCCUUGUCAAAAACCUGACCUUACUUUAGGCACUGGACCUCACUGUGAUCCAACAUCUCUAACCAUUCUUCACCAGGACCAAGUUGGAGGCCUGCAAGUUUUUGUUGAUAAUCAGUGGCAUUCCAUUAGCCCAAAUUUCAAUGCCUUUGUUGUCAACAUUGGUGACACCUUCAUGGCUCUUUCAAAUGGGAGAUACAAGAGUUGUUUGCAUAGGGCAGUGGUAAACAGCAAGACACCAAGAAAAUCUCUUGCUUUCUUUUUGUGUCCAAAAGGUGAUAAGGUGAUUACUCCACCAAGUGAAUUGGUGGAUGAUUUGACUCCAAGGACCUACCCAGAUUUUACAUGGCCUAUGCUGCUUGAGUUCACUCAGAAACAUUACAGAGCUGACAUGAAAACACUUGAGGCAUUCACCAACUGGCUUCAACAGAAUAGGACCUGAGAUAUAAAGCACAUGAAUGGAUGGCACACUAUCAGCUAUUGAUGACCACAUAAAGAAAGUGGUUAAUCAGGUCGAAGUGUAAUUUGGUGGUGGAAUCAAAAUUGAAAGAAGAAACACAGUUUCUUCAUAUUUUGAGUGGGCCACACUGGUGAUGAGUCUUGAACAAAGGAGGGAACAUAAAAUAGUCAUAAGGAAUCAAUAAGAUAAAAUCGCCAGCUAAUUUUGUAAUAUUUCUUGGAUGAUAUAGAAAGGUUAUUAACUUUGCAA